AUGGGCGUGGCAACGGCAGGCCAAGAAGCAGGUGUAUGUGUGCUGGCUACCGUGGUGGCCAUGGCGGCAGCGCAGGGUUACGGCGGUGGCGGCGGCGGCGGCGGCGGUGGCGGUGGCGGCGGGGGGCGGUUCAUCCCCAUCGUGAAGGACGACCGCACGCAGAACGCCUACGGCGAGAACACCUUCGAGUUCGAGGCCGCCAACGGCAUCGUCCGCUACGAGUCCGGAAAAGAAGACAACGGACACGUGCAGGAGGGAGGCUGGAGGUACCAGGCGCCGGAGGGCAUCCCUGUGGAGAUCACCUUCGUGGCCAACCAGGGGGGGUACCAGCCCCAGGGGGCCCUACUCCCCGUGGCCCCGCCUCUUCCCUACCAGAGGACGCAGUCCUUCGGAGGAGCAGCAGGAGGCGGAGGAGGAGGAGGAUAUGCGUGAAUCUGAGAGAGAGCAUUUCUGAUUUCUUGAGGAGCUGGUCUCGUUAAUUUUGUUUCUUCACCGUUAUUCGUCUUUCUUGUUGAUCGCUUUCGUUACUGUAUAUAGAUGAAUUCCCUUUUCAUUAUUGGCUUGGAUUAUUAGAAUAAAGAAGAUAUGUGUA